AUGAGGGUGUUAUUUUAUUAUAUCUCUCUCUCUCUCUCUCUCUCUCUCUCUCUCUCUCUCUCUCUCUCUCUUUCUCUUUUCCUUUCUUUCUCUCUUACUCUCUCUAUCUUUCUCUCUUUGCUCUGUUUCUCUCUUUUUUCUCCCUCUCUUUCUGCUCUUUUUCUCUCUUUAUUUUCUUCCUCGCUCUUUGAUAAUUUUCUCCCCAUCUCUUUUCUUCCUCUCUUUCUCUCCUUUUGCUCUUUCUCUCUUUCUCUCUUCGCUCUUUUUCUCUCCCUUUUUUCUCCCACACUUUCUGCUCUUUUCCUCCUCUCUCUCUCUUCUCCCUAUCUCUCCCUGCUCUUGUUUUCUCUCUCUCUCUCUGCUCAUUUUCUCUCUCUCUCUCUAUUUUCUUCCUCCCCUUUUGCUCUUUCUUUCUCUCGCUUUCUUUGUCUCUCUCUCUCUCUCUCUCUCUCUCUCUCUCUCUUACUGUAUAUUUGUAUGUGUCCUUAUGUUCCCACCGUCCUUCCUCUCGCCGUCCUCCCUCCCACCGUCCUUCCUCUCGACGCCCUCCCUCCCACCGUCCUUCCUCUCACCGUCCUUCCUCCCACCGUCCUUCCUCCUGUCGUCCUUCCUCCUGUCGUCCUUCCUCUCGCCGUCCUUCCUCUCGUCGUACUUCCUCCCACCGUCCUUCCCCCCGCCGUCCUUCCUCUCGUCGUCCUUCCUCUCGCCGUCCUUCCUCUCGCCGUCCUUCCUUUCGCCGUCCUUCCUCUCGCCGUCCUUCCUUUCGCCGUCCUUCCUUCCUUCCAACGUCCUCCCUCCCACCGUCCUUCCUCCCGCCGUCCUUCUUCCCACCGUCCUUCCUCUCGCCGUCCUUCCUUCCACCGUCCUUCCUCUCGCCGUCCUUCCUCCCACCGUCCUUCCUCCUGCCGUCCUUCCUCUUGCCGUCCUUCUUCUCGCCGUCCUUCCUUUCGCCGUCCUUCCUUUCGCCGUCCUUCUCGCAAUAUGUCAUACGUCAUUGCAUCAAGUAAUAAUCCCGGUAAUAAUCCCGGUAAUGUUCUUUCACCCGUUAAACUACUUAGCAAGUACGAUCCUUUGUUGCAGCGUCACUUGGAUUAUGUCAAGUCGCAUCGAUUAUGUCAAGUCUUUGUCUGGCAAGGUACGGACUGA